UCUCUGCAGACUGGAGUCUCGCGCUGUGGGGAGGUGUAGUGGAGGAGAGGCGAGGCGAGGACACGCUCGUGCUCAUCAAAACACUUUUACCUGUUUUCCGCGGGAUUAAAGUAGCAGCCGAAGCAGCGAGCGAUGCGCCGGAGCCCUCAGUGAUACCUGUCUCGUUGACCCGUGUGAAGAGGCUUUACGCUGGCCGGAACGAAGGACUCCGCAGAUCUGGAUAGACGGACGGGCUGCUGCUGGAGAGCAUGAUGACGGACGUGGUGAUCGUGAAGGAGGGAUGGCUGCACAAGAGAGGAGAGUAUAUAAAGACGUGGAGGCCGCGGUAUUUCUUGCUGAAGAGUGACGGUACGUUUAUCGGCUAUAAGGAGCGUCCGCAGGAUGUGGAUCAGCUGGAGACGCCGCUGAACAACUUCUCAGUGGCACAGUGUCAGCUGAUGAAGACGGAACGGCCCAAACCCAACACAUUCAUCAUACGCUGCCUGCAGUGGACCACUGUCAUUGAACGCACCUUCCACGUGGAGAGGCCCGAGGAACGGGAGGAAUGGACCAAAGCCAUACAGACUGUGGCCAACAGUCUGAAGAAACAAGAGGAGGAGAUGAUGGACUCGUCACAUGACCACACGCACAUGGAGACGUCUGUGAACAAACCUCCACACAAAGUGACUAUGCAUGACUUUGAAUACCUCAAACUCCUGGGAAAAGGCACUUUUGGGAAGGUGAUUCUGGUGAAGGAGAAAGCAACGGGAAAAUAUUACGCCAUGAAAAUCCUCAAGAAAGAAGUGAUUGUAGCCAAAGAUGAAGUGGCUCACACACUCACAGAGAACCGUGUGCUUCAGAACUCCAAACACCCCUUCUUGACGGCUCUGAAAUACUCCUUCCAAACCCACGACCGUUUGUGUUUCGUCAUGGAGUACGCCAACGGAGGAGAGCUCUUCUUCCACUUGUCACGGGAUCGGGUUUUCUCUGAGGACCGAGCGCGCUUCUACGGGGCGGAGAUCGUGUCUGCGCUGGACUACCUGCAUUCAGAGCGAAACGUGGUCUACAGGGACCUGAAGCUGGAAAACCUGAUGCUGGAUAAAGAUGGUCACAUAAAGAUCACUGACUUUGGCUUGUGUAAGGAGGGCAUCACGGACGGAGCCACUAUGAAGACCUUCUGUGGGACUCCAGAGUAUCUGGCCCCUGAGGUGCUGGAGGACAAUGACUACGGCCGUGCGGUGGACUGGUGGGGUUUGGGAGUGGUGAUGUAUGAGAUGAUGUGUGGCCGUCUGCCCUUCUAUAACCAGGAUCACGAGCGUCUGUUUGAGCUCAUCCUGAUGGAGGACAUCCGCUUCCCUCGCACACUCGCUCCGGAGGGAAAAUCACUGCUGUCCGGCCUGCUCAAGAAAGACCCCAAGCAACGGUUAGGUGGCGGUCCUGAUGAUGCUAAAGAGAUCAUGCAGCACAAAUUCUUCACUGGAAUUGAGUGGCAAGAUGUUUACGAGAAGAAGCUGAUUCCUCCAUUCAAACCGCAAGUGUCCUCAGAAACAGACACCAGAUAUUUUGAUGAAGAGUUCACAGGACAGACCAUCACCAUCACGCCGCCUGGACAAGAGGAUGGUAUGGAGCCGUUCGACAGCGAGAGGAGGCCACAUUUCCCACAGUUCUCCUACUCCGCCAGUGGAAUGGCAUGAAAGCGUCCUGAUAUCUGCCUCUGCUCCAGCAUCACUUUAGGUAGACGUUUCCUCUCCUCUGACGGACGCAGCGUCACACGACUGCUCUGAGAUCAGCGUGAAGGGAGAUGUUUACCAGCACGUCUGGAUCUGUGAUGUUUGUCCUGAAACCAGUUUCUCUUUGCUUUUGUGGCCUUUGAUUUCAUGAUCUUUUCUGAGGAUAUGAGAGGGAACACUGAAACAUGUUUCCACUCGAACUGCCAAAUUAAUGUCGAUUAUAUAGCAUUGAAAGAAACAGAUUGUACAGCACAUCUUUAGUCUCGUAUUGAAGUAUUAAAACUAACCUCAUGCCAAAUAUUAUUUUAUUUCCAUUCAAAAACACCAUUUAUAUGAACCGACCAAUUGAAACGAAUGAAAAAGCAGCUUGUAUAAAUGUAUAGACUGAACUGAACUGUCUCUCGACCCCUAAAGUACUUUUGGUCUAAAUUUCACUUGCAUGGAAUGUGCAAUAUAGUAGAAAUGUAGAUAAAUUAUUAUUAUUUUUUUUUUGUAUUAAUUAUUAAAAUGACUGAAUUCCACUAAACUAGAAAUUAA